GAUAUCCUCAAUCUUGCGGCCUGCGCUCCGGACACUGUUGAUCAGUGGCCGCCGCACUUCACGAUACAGGAUGGCUUCCUCUGCGGCGAAUGUGGCACCUAUCGAGAGCUUCGGCGAGAAGAGGCAGCCCGAGACGCCAUUAAGGAGCGAGGAAGAGCCACGAGGAAGUUACAGAUUCAAGAAUAAGAGGAUGAGGAAGGGUCAUGGCGAUAGCAGCCAGAUCUUGAAGACAAAUGGGAGUAAUGAAGAGGUUCUAUUGGAGGAUGUAACCACGCUGUUGAAAUCCUUCAACCUGGAAAGAGCUGGCGAAGAAGAGGCUGCAAAACUUCCGGAGAAGUUCUCUGAAAUCGAAGUUACGAUUAAGGAAAUCUCAUCGACUGGCGAUGGCCUAGGUUUCCAGGAUGGCUCAAGCUCGGAUCGGGUCUAUGUUAUCCCGUUCACAGCACCCGGAGACAUGGUCACCGCGAAGGUAUUCAAACACUUCGGGAAGGAAAAGUACUCUAUGGCGGACUUCGUUAAAGUCAAAAAACCUUCUCCGCACCGCGAUCAGUCGCUAGUCAGAUGUCCCUACUUCGCCAGCUGCUCGGGGUGCCAAUUCCAGAUGCUCCCAUACGACUUCCAGCUUGCGCAUAAGAAAUCCAUUGUCGAGAAAGCCUACAAGAACUUCUCGAACCUUCCGCCGGAGCUCAUACCCGCGAUAGGGGACACUAUCGGAUCUCCUCUCCAGUAUGGAUACCGUACGAAACUCACCCCACAUUUCGACGGGCCGCCGGACUCUCGCAGAAGUGAUGGAAGGAACGGCAUUAAGCGCAGCUUCAAAGAUGUUCCUCCAAUCGGAUUCAUGAAAAAAGGCACCCGUUCUACUAUCGACAUCGAAGACUGCCCCAUUGGCACGGAUGCAGUGCGAAAAGGGAACGAGAGGGAACGGAAACGUGUCGCGAAUGAGAUCAGUAAAUACCACAAGGGUGCUACAUUGCUCCUGAGAGAAAGCACACAACGCAUCCCGAAAUCAGAGUAUGAUCCUGCGAAAGAGGACGACUCAGACGCUGUUAUCGAAGACAGAGGUGAACACAUCCACAGAAAGACGUGCGUCACGGAUCCCAACGCCAAAACCACGGAGUACAUCGACGAGUUCCAAUUUGUCAAUCCAGCAGGCUCUUUCUUCCAGAACAACAACUCUAUCCUUCCGGUCUUCACACAGUACAUCCGCGACCAUAUUCUGCCUGCUGCAUCCUCUGACCACAAGAUCGCCCAUCUGAUAGACGCGUACUCCGGCUCCGGUCUCUUCACCAUAACGCUCUCCUCUCUAUUCAAAUCCUCCCUCGGCGUCGACAUCUCGUCCUCCUCCAUCAAAUCCGCAACCCGCAACGCGAAGGUCAAUAACCUGUCAUCUUCAUCAGCAAAAUUCAUCGCCGCAGAUGCUUCCGGGCUCUUCUCUGAAAUUGAAUCGCUUGCCUCUGAGACGGUGGUCAUGAUCGAUCCACCAAGGAAGGGAUGCGAUGAGUCUUUUCUACAGCAGUUACUGAGGUAUGGUCCUGCAAGGAUUGUGUAUGUGAGCUGCAAUGUGCAUACGCAGGCCAGGGACGUGGGAGUGUUAGUGGGUGGGAUGAAGGGCGUUGAUGGUGGCUUUGGAGUGGGAGAGGGGUGCUAUGAGAUUGAGAGCAUUAGGGGCUUUGACUUCUUCCCGCAGACGGGCCAUGUGGAAGGUGUGGCAGUGCUGCGGCGGAAGCAGAGCAAUGAGCUGCAUUGAAAAGGCGCACAAUUUGGGAGACGAUGGCAACUAUAAAAUGAAGACAUGCAUCAUGCUCAAGAAUGCAGUCGAGCCGGUCAGCUGUUCAUGAACGCCGACCUAGCAACAGUAACCAUUUUCGCCAGGACGACGGCAUUUGAUAAGCUUUGAAGAAGCAGACCGUCUGCAGGACAAUUGGGCUCCGUCUUUGCAGCUUGCCAGGUGGAACCGGCUGUAUCUGAUUCGGAGACUCAGGCAUCGACGAAGUCCCGCAAGAUAUCACGGAAAACAUCACGCAGGA